CCGCAUGCUCCCGCCCCCCGGGAAUGAAUGGAUGGGCGGCCUCAGCGCCCGCCCGACCGCUGGGAGGACCGACCCGCCGGGGACCUGCUGGGGGCAGGACCCGGGGAGCAAGAUGGCCACGGUCAUCCCCAGCCCCCUGAGCCUAGGCGAGGACUUCUACCGCGAGGCCAUCGAGCACUGCCGCAGCUACAACGCGCGCCUGUGCGCCGAGCGCAGCCUGCGCCUGCCUUUCCUCGACUCGCAGACCGGUGUGGCCCAAAACAACUGCUACAUCUGGAUGGAGAAGACCCACCGCGGCCCCGGUUUGGCCCCAGGACAGAUCUACACCUAUCCCGCCCGCUGUUGGAGGAAGAAACGGAGACUCAACAUCCUAGAGGACCCCAGACUCCGACCCUGCGAGUACAAGAUCGACUGUGAGGCACCCCUGAAGAAGGAAGGUGGCCUUCCAGAAGGGCCAGUCCUCGAGGCUCUGCUGUGUGCUGAGACAGGGGAGAAGAAGGUCGAGCUGAAGGAGGAGGAGACCAUUAUGGACUGUCAGAAACAGCAGUUGCUGGAGUUCCCACAUGAUCUCGAGGUGGAAGACUUGGAGGAUGACAUUCCCAGGAGGAAGAACAGGGCCAAAGGAAAGGGCUCCUCGCUUUCGGGGUCCCUCACUCCUGACCCUUCCCCCAGGCAUAUGGCAUCGGGGGUCUACGGAAACGCCAGGACACCGCUUCCCUGGAGGACCGAGACAAGCCUCUGUGGGAAGCGGUAUAAGAACCGGCCGGGGCUGAGCUACCACUACACCCACACCCACCUGGCCGAGGAGGAGGGGGAGGAGCACGCCGAGCGCCACGCCCUGCCCUUCCACCGGAAAAACAACCACAAACAGUUUUACAAAGAAUUGGCCUGGGUCCCCGAGGCACAAAGGAAACACACAGCCAAGAAGGCGCCUGACGGCACCGUCAUCCCCAACGGCUACUGUGACUUCUGCCUGGGGGGCUCCAAGAAGACCGGGUGUCCUGAGGACCUCAUCUCCUGUGCAGACUGUGGGCGAUCAGGACACCCCUCGUGUUUACAGUUCACGGUGAACAUGACAGCGGCUGUGCGGACCUACCGCUGGCAGUGCAUCGAGUGCAAGUCCUGCAGCCUGUGUGGCACCUCGGAGAACGACGGUGCCAGCUGGGCGGGUCUCACCCCCCAGGACCAGCUGCUGUUUUGUGAUGACUGCGAUCGGGGUUACCACAUGUACUGCCUGAGCCCCCCCAUGGCGGAGCCCCCAGAAGGGAGCUGGAGUUGUCACCUCUGCCUUCGGCACCUGAAAGAAAAGGCCUCUGCCUACAUCACCCUCACCUAGGCCUGGCUCUGGUUCUCCGGACUCCAGGGUGGUGCUUGCCCACCUGCCUCUCGCCCCACCCUGCGCCCCAGUGUGAGGGGAGAGGGUGACGCCCCGGGGCUGGGCCGCCCGUCCCCUGCCAGUGAGAUGCUGGCCUGUCCCCUGCCAGUGAGAUGCUGGCCCUGUGGGUGGGUGGCCCCUGCCCCUCCCCUCCAAUCCCUUGGCAAAUGGGCACCAGGGGCUUCUGCUCCCCUCAAAGCCAUACCCCGCCUCUGGGCGGGCACGAGGGGUAGUGAUGCCAGCCAGGGGCAUGGACAGAGCCUUUUUCUAAAGAAAAAGACAAAAACUAAAAAAAAAAAAAAAAGAAAAAAAGGAAAAAGAAAAAAAGAAAUUAAUAUAUACGAAGAGUCCUGUGAGGCCUGGCUGGGUGGAAGGGCACUGCCGAGCGUCCACUGGGCACCCUUCUAGGCCAGCUUCCUGCCUGGUGCCCCACCCCCACUUCUGGAGUCGCAGCUGUCCCACCUCCCCACCUACGGUGGGCACCGUUCCCCUUGUGCCCAGGGUGGGUGGGCAUGGUGUCCACCCUCGCCCCCUCCUGGUGCCCACCGUGGAUACUGCAUGAUGUGAACCAUGGUUUUGAACUCUGUUCCUGCCCCUCCCUGACAGCCCCACCCCGUGCCCACUGGUGCCAGCCGUGCCAUAGGCACCGUGGCGCGAGGCGGCCCUACCCAGCGCCCGCUGGGACGAGAAGCACAGACCUGCAAAGGACUCGUUUUUUUUCCUCCUUCCUGCUGCCCCCCGCCGACCCUGCUGGCCAUUUUGGGGGCAGCAAGGUGGCGCAGUUGUUUCUUGUGGUUGUGUGUGUUUGUUGUUCGGGUUUAAAAAAGGGAAAUUGAGACUGCAGGUGGGGGUGGGUCUGGGGGUCCCCCCAGUCCAGGAGAACCCUCCCUGUACCCGAGUCUCCUUCAUUGCCUGCCUCUGCUGUGAAAUACCUUGUUCUGUGUAUUAAACUGGCCUGACCCCUCUGCCCAC